AGAGCUGAUGGAGCCAGAUGAAAGAGGCAGGAGGCGAGCCCCUCCGCUUGCGCGUCAGCAUCCCCUCAAAUAGAAAUCCGCUGCUGUCACUUCAGCCCUGCUCGCAUAGAGACUGACGGCUGCAAACGACAAUUAAAGGCUGAGCCCCUCUGGGUAUGCAACGUUUUAUUAUUUUAUUGAAUUUAAAAAAAAAAAAUUUUUAAACGUGAUGCCAGAGGAGGAGAGUAAAGGGAGGCUGUGAGGAGCGUUACGGAGAAUGGUAGUGAGGAUCAAGGCGCGCUGUCCCAGGAGAACUCAUCCGAAGAGCUGUCCGUGAGAGACCGGGAUGCUCCUCUAACACCACCCGGGGCGGGUUUUCCUGAUCACAAGGUCCGAUUUGCACAACUGGCGCUUGACUGAAAGUGAGCAAGACAGAGUUUAUGUCAUGGCUGACAAGGAGGACCCAGGUUCAGAGCUCACCUACCAAAACCUGCUGGUUCUGGGAGCAAUCGCAGCAGCAUCCGCCUUUGUGGUCACCAUCCUUAUCGUCCUCGUCUGUGUAGGUUGCCAAAGAAAAAGCAAGAGCAAGCACCCCCCAGCCGGAGACAAAGGGACAUCUGUAAAUAUGCAGGGUACGCUUCGGCAUCCAAAACUGAACUCCAUGAGUAAAUCUGACACCAGGCUGCAUGAGAUCAAUCGCUUUCCCUGCAAUGGAAACUCUGUUAGCAAGAGCCGCCCAGCCAGUAUGGACCUCCUGCUCCUCCACAGUCGGCGCUCCCAGACGGACCUGAGGCCCUCCCAUGGCCGCCAGCUCCCCCAGAUCCCCACCAGUCCCCAGGCGUCUGGCCAGGGAGGCGGAGGGGGCGGUGGCGGAGGGGAGGCGGGAGGUGAAGGAGGAGGUGGAGGUGGAGGCGGGAGUGGAGGUGGAGGCGGCGGAGCGGAGGCCAGAGACCACACCUACACUGAGGUUGGCCUGCGCAAUAACCCGACGCCCACCCGUUACCUGGACGAUGGUCUGUACGAAAGCGUCGGGAUCCGGGAAGGCGAAGCGGCUCCCAGAGUGCCCUCUGCUCCGCUGACGUCAUCAAGCAGCACGCCAUCGACGGUCAGAGCCGCUCAGAGCCCCCCCACUCUCUCAGGAGGAGCUCGUAGUGGGAACGGGCAAGGAAACGCUGGCAGAGGGAACGGCAGAGGAAACGGCAUCACUAAUGGAACCAUGGCAGGGAGAGGAAACGGAGCGAGCGGUGUUAGCAGAUCUCCUCUGUCCUCUGUAAAUUCCCUGGUCAAUCAAGAUCCAGCUGCAGCUGAAUACGCUUCCAUACGGAAGUUUAAAAAGGUAGAUAAGUUAAGUCGGAAGGAGAAUAAUGGAGCUGACAGCAUGUCAGACAGCCAGUCGAGCGUGAGCGACUCCCCCUCUGCUGGUGCUCUUCCCCUACAUCGCAGUCAGGAGUUUCCACGCAAGCCGCUGGAGCCGUUCCAUCUGCACUCUUUCCCCAAGGAAGCAGUGUUCAUAGGCAAUGGGGAGCAGUACAUCUGGAAGCCUCCGGAGGACGAAGACAUCAUCACCUUGCACCCACCUCCACUCCGGGGAGAGAACGGACAGCCGGGGCAUCCAUCGCCUCCAACUGCAAAGGAGAUUGCAGACACUUACUCCAUUGUGUGCAAAACCCAGAAAAAAAAGCCUCCCAUGGAGCACAACGGAGCAAAGACCCUUCCGCGCUCCUUCGGAGGGGACAGGGGAAACCGAGGCCGAGGCCGAGGAGUCCAGGGGCAGGCCCGUUCUCAGGAGGAGCCCUGCUACGAGCCUGUGGGGGACCGGUCCUGGUCCUCUCCCGUGGCCGAGUCAGACCCUGCAUACGCGAGUAUCGACGCCCACAGGAAACGUGAGCAGGGAGCAACCAAUAACAGCACAGGUGGGGGUAGCGCCACUCUGAAGAGGAAGAAGCAAAGCCCUCCGCAGCAGCAGCAACAUCAGGCAGCACCAGCAGCACUACAAGGCUCAGGGCCCAUUGCUCCUCCAGUCAGAGGCCUCCCCGGUGGGGAAAACUUCUAUGAAACCAUCAGCGAUGUAAAACAGGGAGGCAACACUUCUGGCACUACCACCAUCUUCACUUUCAACGAUGGGAUGGAGAUGUACGUCACCGGCCUGUAGCACCCUCGUAGAAAUCCACUGCUCCAGAUUUCAUGGAUCUUCAAGCAGGUUUCUGUACAUAGACACAGGCCCUCUACAAUCAAUGAGGAUCCAUUUUGUGUUGACAUCAGGUACAAACAGGGUCUUAAUCCAGGUUCAGACUUCCUUCGAUUGGUCUGCAUUUCAGAACCAGCCUAAGCCUAGUCCAGCCCAAAAAUGGACCAAAUACAUUUGAACAAAAACAAAAAAAUAUAUAUAAAUAUAUAUAUAUAUGUAACUGUGUCACUUGGCCAUACUCACCCACUUGUGCAUCAUUUUUCAUUAUAUAUUUAUUUUUAUAUGAACACUGUGCUCUUGAAAGAGUAUGUGUUUCAACUCACAACCUGAGAAGAACACUCUUAAAAUACAUAUGGAACAAACAAAAAAAAGAAAAAUGUGCAUGCAUUGUGCAAACUCACACAAUAGUAGACAUGAAAAUAGACAUUAGUAGCAAUGAAAGUGGAUGUUUACGGAGUAUAAGGUAAGCAAUCGGGUCACCGGUGCACAGAUAUCCCUCAUCUUGGGGUGGAGAAUAAGCACAUUAAAGGCACAGUUAUUUGUGGUGCUCCGCUCUACCUACGCAAACAUAAAACAGGUUCUGACGCUCACUGACCUGUCGUCUGGAGGAGAGUGUUUGCGGUGCUUUGUUCAAACACAGGCCUGUAAUUUGCAGGCCCGCUCAAAUGCACAGGAGUAAAUUACGGUCAUUGUCUUCAUUCCGCAAAUUGUCAUCAGUGUCAGCUGCUAGUAAGAGCCCUCGUGAUAAAAUUAGAACGUGAGCUUUUGCUCAAUAAAGGCUUUAGAUUAAGACAAAAGUUGAAAAUGUACCGUCACGUUUGGCAAACUGUUGCUGGAGGCAUGCUGACGCCACCCUCCACCCAGAUGCACACGUAUUUGGCAGAGUCAUGCAAGGUGAAGUGAUCAGGUCGAGGGCAGCGAACGGCUUGUGCAAGAAUUUCUCCAGUGUGAUCAUUUCCCAAUGAGAGAGCUUAACUGUACUGCAGGGAUAAAUGAGAUUAGUGUUUUUAAAAGAAAAUGGAGAAGUGAAAGAGUUUCAAUACCAAUGCAGGAUGCUUCAUUCUGUUCAGUUUGUGUCAUUUCUUAUGCGGAUUGUAAACUUCUUAUUUCAUAGUCUCUGUAUUUUUGCACAGGACAACUGCCUGACUGCUGAGCCUAGCUGUACCCCUGAAGGGAUAUCAAAGCACAGUUUUGAUUUGCUCUGAGCACUGAAAAAAAAAACAACAAAAAAAAAAGCUAGAGCUCCACGGAGCUCACUAGACUUGAGUCCUGUGGUUGAAAUAGUAACAGAGGGGUCUGGACUCCAAAGAAAAUAUAAAGCUGGACACAAAUAUUACCAUUUAGUGUCUUUUUGAAAAGUUGUUCAUCUCUUUCUCCCCGGUCUCGUUUCCAGUUUCUGUGCUGGGUUCUCUUCCAUCAUAAACAGUCUUUCCCAUGUAGCUUCGGGAACCAUUAAAAAAAGAAUGCAGGAAGAAAGACUUUUAGGGCUUGAUGUAGUGUUGGGAGAAUGUAUUUGCCCCUUUAUAAGAUUUGCCCUCUUUUAUUUUGAGUUUUGACUAACUUCUGUCUUUCAAAUUUUGAAGCAAGUUUUAAACAAAUUUGCCUACUGUAAAUACAAAAUUCAGUUUUCAAAUGAUAUUAAAUAUUAAAGAAAGUCAAACAUCUAAAACUUGGUCUCUUAUGAAAACACAUUAGUCUUAAAUCUUAUAGCUAGUUUUGCUACUGUAAUCUGUCAGUCUUUUACACCACUACAGAUGAAUUUAGAAUGCUCUUCUUUGCCGAAUUGUCUUAACUCACCAACAUUGGAGGAUUUUUGAGCAUUAAGGGCCUGUACAGGGAUAAUGUUGCAACGUAUGUUUCUAACCUAACCCCCCACUUUAUCUACUCCCAACCCUUCAAAACAUUUUUUUAUGUUAAUCCAGGACUGAGCUUAGUCUGCUAGAUAACCCAAGUCAAUUGAGUUUAAGGUCACAAACUAAUGGCUGGACUUUCUCCUUUAGGAUUUUUUUUAUUAGAGAGCAGAAAUCAUAAAUCCAUCAACUAAGGCCACUUGUUCAGGUCUUGAAGCUGCAACCAGCCUCAUUACCCCCACUACGUUCACCACUGUCCUUGGCCAACGUUUUCCCCACUUAUGGAUAAUGGCUUUUGGUGAGACUACCUGGUCCUACAGUCUUAGAAAUGGCUUUGUAACCCUUUCCAGAUUGGUAGGUGUAAGGACCUUAAUUUUUGUUUGUUUAGAUCAUUUGGCUACUUCAUGGUGUUUGACAGGUUCUGUUUAAGUGAUUUUCUAAUUGUCUUGGUUCUCACAGUUCAGGUCAGGCUGUGUAAAGUGAAAAAAUACCCAAAAGAAUGUGACUAAUCACAAAUAUUUAAUGAUAUAAGAAGGGGGUGAAUUUUUAUCUUCACGCAUGGUUAGGUUGUUUUGUUCCCCUAAGUAACUGAAAUCAACAUUAGAAAACUGCUUUUGUAUUUACUCGGGUUUUCAUUGUCUGAUAUUAACAUUUUGAUAAUUUGUGUGCGACAAAGAAACUAAAAUAAAAUAACUGUUUGGGGGUAAAUACUUCUUUGCAGUACUGUAAAGGGAGAAUUGAUUAAGUUUAUAUUCUAUUUACUUGCCGUGUGACAAGGACGGGUUUAAAGAGGUUUUAAGAGAAAUAUAUAAAUGCUACUGUGUCAGAAAGUAUGUAAAAACAAAUGCACACUGUAUUUUGAAGCACUGUUUAAUUUUUAACCUAACUAAUGACAAUACAUUUGGUUAAAUAGCUCACACCACUGCCAUGAAAAGAGUAUAUUUAUGUUGUUGAUGCUACUUUUCCUUUCUGCUUGAGCAAGUAAGUGCAUGCCUUGAUAUAUGGAGAUGAAAACAAAUAGUGUGUUACUUAUCUCUCGUUUCUAUUUUAUGUUGUACUUUUUGCCAUGUAAUGUAAAAGCAGCAUUUUGUUUAGCCAAAGCAACAACUUUAACGAGCAAAAGAGAGAGGAA